CACCAAAAAUAUCAAAUACUAUGAAAAUAAUAAACGAUUGUAUGGGACAAAAGGAUACGGAUCCAUACAAUCAAAAAAAGAUAAUCCUGAAUCACGUCUUUCUCAAGGUGCUAGUGGACGUCGUGAAUCGAUACUCGAAAAGGAUGAAAAAGAAAAAGAUGAUCUUCAAGAAUCAAAGUCUCCUCCAGGUUCAAAUCAACAGCAACAAGAACAAGAUCCCGAAGAUGUACCGACUGUAUUAGAUAGUCAAGCUCCUGCUGCAUCAGAAUCAUCGGAACCGUCUGAAAUCUUUGAUCCUGUAAAAAAGAAAUUUGUUCCUGUUUCGGAAGAAAGGUAUAAGAAUAAAACCGAAGAGAACAAAGAAGUUAAUCUUGGUGGUCUUAGUGAUGGUCAUACAGGAGCUGCUAGUAGUAAUGAUAAAAGUGUCAAUCGUAACAAUGUGAUCACGGAAAAACCAACAAUUCAAAGCGGUGGAUAA